AUGCUGGCAUUUGCAGCUGUUGUGUUGUUGAGCCUUUCAGGGUUGGUGGUGAGCGAGAAGGAGAAAGCCAAGGGGCCGAAAGUCACAGACAUGGUAUAUUUUGACAUAACAAUAGGAGGAAAAGAAGCAGGAAGAAUAGAGAUUGCCUUGUUUGGAAAAACUGUUCCAAAAACAGUAGCAAAUUUCAAGAGCUUAUGUGUUGGCGAUCAUAAUGAUGAAGGAACUCCAUUAACAUAUAAAGGCAGCAAGUUUCACCGAGUUAUUAAAGACUUCAUGCUUCAGGGUGGUGAUUUUACUAGAGGAGAUGGCACUGGAGGCAAGAGUAUUUAUGGAGACAAAUUUAAGGAUGAAAACUUCAAGCUGAAGCACUAUGGCGCUGGCUGGCUGUCAAUGGCUAAUGCUGGGAAGGACACCAAUGGAUCACAGUUCUUUAUUACUGUUAAGAAAACUGAGUGGCUAGAUGGUCGUCAUGUAGUCUUUGGAAAAGUUGUCAAGGGCAUGAGGGUUGUGCGAAAAAUUGAAUCAGUGCAGACAGACGGCAGAGAUAAACCCAAGGAUGAUGUCGUUAUUGCAGACUGUGGUGUUCUAGAAGUGACAGAGCCAUUUACUGUAGAGAAAGAUGAUGCUAAGGAAUAA